AUGUGGACCAACAAUGCGAGAUAUUCCCGAGAGGAGACCGCAGAAGGCUUCCAGAUAUCGCCCUGCUUGACGGCUUCCUCGGGGCUUUUGACGCCUCCUUCGAACUACAACCUCGAGGCUCGUCGCAACUCUGCAGCUUCUUCUUUGUCGUCACUAGGCCCCACAACCCCCAUCUACGGACGGUUCUCCGAUCAUGGCUUCGGAAGUGUGUCUGCGAUCGAACCUUGCCAGGACCAUUCCAUGGAGACGCUUGCCAUGGGAUACACUUUCAAGGCACCCGGACACGACAGCAACUCGUUCGGAAACUGGUCAUCUCUUGUGCAGCCCAACGGCUUCGAGCAUGCCGGACCAAUGAGGAUGUCUCAGACUUUCGUGCCCCAGUCUAGCAUGGCACAGUCUCCAAUGGCGGCUUACACCGGAGUCGACAGCCAGUCAUCCUCGGUACCCGUCUCUUGCGCAACCUCGUUCUCUAGUGUCUCUUACGGGGACUACCAUGGUCAGCUCCACGACGAGGCUGAUCAUGUGCAGACGAGCGACGGAAUAUGGCCUUAUCAGUAUGCGCUAGCAAACAUGAUCUCUGCUCCCACAAUGGCGCCAAACGAGGCGCUACUUGGUGGAGAAUACGUUCCGGUCGACACGGCGAGCCACGACACGGAUAUGAGCUCUUAUGACGACGCUGACAUGCCACUCGCGCGGUCGCCGCAAGAUGUCACUGUCAAGACCGAGGAUCCUGAAACUUCCUCAGACGAGCGAAGGAUCAGAAGGUCGAUCUGGGUGUCCUCCACCGGAGGAAAGUCAGUCAAGAAAGAGGAGCAAUCCGGCAUCUCAAAGAAAAAGUCCAGGAAGACUAGGUCCAAAGCCAUCCCUCGCCUUCGCGACGAGCAUUUCGAGAUCUGGAUGGACGACGACGUCGAGCAGAUACCCGGAACGAAGAAGUGGCGACGAAACGGAGGCAACACGUCCGGAAAGCCGCAGAUCUGUAAGAUCGAGAUUGGCGGCAUGCCUUGUGGCAGGAAGUUCCAGCGCCAGGAACAUCUCCACCGUCACGAGAAGACGCAUUCCGGCAACAAGCCCUAUGUUUGCCAGCUGUGCCAGACACAGUUCAACCGCAACGACAACUGUUGGGAGCACUACUGGACUCACGUCCACCGCCCCGGCAAGAAGAACGGCCGCAACAAGAAGCACAGCCUGAAGCGCGUGCUCAGCUUCAUCCAAGACUCGAAGCACAUUGAAAAGCUGCACAACAAGUGGCGCAAGGAGGUCGGCUACGAGUACGAUCCCGAGACUGACCCGCAGGCUCUGGAGGAGGCGCAGAUGGAGGCAGCCGGCAACGAGGGCCCAGGCUCUUCCAUCAUGAAGCAUGACAACAUGAAGAUUCGCAGCAAGCUCUGA